GAUGGCGRCCGGCAGCCUCCUGCUGCUGCUGCUGCCCUGGCUGGCGGCAGCCUCGCACAGCCCGCCCGGCUGCAAGAUCCGCAUCACCUCCAAGGGCUUGGAGCUGGUGAAGCAGGAGGGACUGCGCUUCGUGGAGCAGGAGCUGGAGAACAUCACGGUGUCCGACCUGCACGGCAAGGAGGGGCAGUUCCACUACAACAUCAGCCAGGUCAGGGUGCUGGAUCUGCACCUGCCCUUUUCCGACCUGCACUUCCAGCCCCGGCAGCACCUCUCCUUCAACAUCAUCAACGCCUCCAUCAGCCUGCGCUUCCGCCGCCAGCUGCUCUACUGGUUCUUCUACGACAUCGGCUCCAUCAACGCCUCCGCGGAYGGCGUCCAGAUCCACACGGUGCUGCAGCUCUCCAAGGACGAGGCCGGGCGCAUCAAGAUCUCCAACAUGAGCUGCAACGCCUCCAUCGCGAGAAUGCACGCGGGCUUCUCGGGCACCCUCAGGAAGGUUUAUGAGUUCCUGAGCACCUUCAUCAUCACAGGGAUGCGAUACCUCCUCAGCCAGCAGAUCUGCCCAUCCCUGAACCACGCCGGCCUGGUGCUGCUCAACUCCGUGCUGGACACGGUGCCAGUGAGGAACUACGUGGACGAGCACAUUGGGAUUGACUACUCGCUCCUGCGGGAUCCCGUGGUCUCCACGGACACCCUUGACCUGGAUUUCAAGGGCAUGUUCUUUUACCGAGGGAAAGAGGAGCAGGAGCUGGAAAACCACGCGGUGGAGCCGGUGAUCAAGGAGAUGGAGCGCAUGGUGUACGUCGCCUUCUCCGAGUACUUCUUUGACUCGGCCAUGCACUCGUACUUCCAGGCGGGCGUGCUGGCCAUGCAGCUCGAGGGGGACAAGGUGCCCAAGGACCUGGAGGUUCUGCUGCGCGCCACCUUCUUCGGCACCAUCUUCAUGCUGAGCCCCGGGGUGGUGGACGCUCCGCUGCGCCUGGAGCUCCAGGUGUCGGCUCCCCCCCGCUGCGUGAUCAAACCCUCGGGCACCUCUGUGUCCGUCUCGGCCCUCCUCAACAUCUCGCUGGUGCCGCCGGGCCGGCCGCCCGUGCAGCUCUCCAGCAUGGCCAUGGAAACCAAGCUGAGCGCCAAGGUGUUCCUGCACGGGAAGGCCCUGCGGGUGCUGCUGGACCUGAGACGCUUCCGCAUCUACUCCAAGCAGUCGGCGCUGGAGUCGCUCGCGCUCUUCUCACUGCAGGCGCCUCUCAAGACCCUGCUGCAGCUCACCAUCAUGCCCAUCAUUAAUGAGCGGACCAAGAAGGGGGUGCAGAUCCCGCUGCCAGAGGGCAUGGACUUCACCCGGGAGGUGGUCACGAACCACGCGGGAUUCCUCACCGUGGGAGCCGACCUCCACUUCUCCAAGGGGCUGCGGGAGGUGAUCGAGAAAUAUCGCCCAGCGCCGACUGCCGCCGGCAGCCCCCUGCCCACGGCGCCCACCCCGCAGCCGCUGCAGCGCUAGCCCGGCUCGCUCUGCGCACGGGCUGGACCCACAGACUGUAGGUAGGAAACGGCUUCCCCAGCACGAGCAGACGCCGCGGGGCGCCCGCCUGGCGGGCGGCAGCACGGGGGAGAGCGCUGCUCUGGGAACCCCUGCUGCGCCCCUCUCCUCGCACCAAUAAAGCAGUGUCCUCCGCUC